UAAGAUACUUAUUUAUAUGAACAAGAAGAGCCUGCUCUGUGCAGCAAUUAGCCACAGAAACAUGGAGACUGCGAUAUGCGGGAGAUUUGCUCUCUCACCAAAUCAUGUCUUCAACCCUAAAUCAGGGGAUAAAAACUCUCUUUGUAAAGGACAAUGCACAAAUCGUGGCAUCCUUAUGGCUAUAUCAGCUACAGGGCCGGGUAAAGGAGGAGGGUUGUUGGAAAAGCCAAUCAUAGAGAAAACUGCACCUGGCCGUGAAUCUGAGUUUGAUCUAAGGAAAUCAAGAAAAACCAGUCCCCCUUAUCGUGUAAUUCUGCACAAUGACAACUACAAUAAGCGGGAGUAUGUUGUCCAAGUACUGAUGAAGGUUAUUCCUGGAAUGACUCUUGACAACGCAGUCAAUAUUAUGCAAGAGGCGCACCACAAUGGCUUGGCAGUGGUGAUUAUUUGCGCUCAAGCUGAUGCUGAAGAACACUGCAUGCAGCUGAGGGGCAAUGGGCUACUUAGUUCGAUUGAGCCUGCUAGCAGUGCGUGCUGAAGCUGGGUCAUAAAUGUCACCAGUUGAAAUACUAGAUGUGUAUAUAAAUUGGUAACACCCAUGUUUGUAUGAAUAUUUGUCAUCCUACGGUCAAAUUAAGUAGGGGGAUCGUAGUUAAUUUCUAAUAAAAGUCGGUUAAUUUAAA